CCAACAAACCUAGGCCUGUUUCUGCGCAUCUCCAUACAAGUAAGCAAGUUAAGAGGCCCAUUUGGCAAUUGACUGUCCUACAAAAUUUACCCAACAUGGCUGACGAGGAACCAACGGAUCAAAAGAAAUACCUUGAGGACAUUUGCAAAUCGCAAUGUGCAAAGCCUAUGCAUGAUUAUGGAGAAUGUGCUAAGAGGGUUUCGGGUGAUGAAAGUGGAAGCAAGCACUGCACAGGACAAUACUUUGACUACUGGACUUGUGUUGAUAAAUGUGUGGCGCCAAAGCUAUUUGCAAAGCUGAAGUAAUUCUGGGAGGUUGCCAAGGAUGCUUAUUUCCCAGUUUUAUUCUUUUUCUCGUCUUAAUAUUUACCUUUAGCUCAAUGUUUGGUUGUCUAAAUUCCUUCUAAAAUUCCAAGGG